AUGUCUUCAUCCCAUGCUCCAAACUCUCCCGCUCAACCAGAGAACUCAGAUUGGCACAUUGAUGUAAACGACACCUUCGCGAACCUUCCCGCACUACCCGUUGAAGGCCUUGGAGAGCACGACGACAUCAGUACUCCUUCACUCUCUGCCCCAUACUCACCUGUUCUAUCCGAGAGCUCGCCAUCAUACAUCGGUGUACGCGACGUAUUUGCAGAUCUCCCUGAGUCAUCUGUCGACAGCUCUGUUCAGCAUAAUGAUGCCGGUCAUCAUGAACAUGCCGACAAUCACGACAGCUACAGUGACGUACGUGACGCCUUUGCAACGGUUCCUGCAAUACCCGACAACGACCUUGAACACGACAGUUUUGGCCAUGUCGACUUUGGACACGACGACUUUGACGGCCAUCACAACAAUGCCGACUAUAUUCCUGAUGACUUCGAGCAGGUUUUGGGGCUUGCACUCGGUCCAACGCAAGACCGUAACGAGCCCUCAGCAACCAUAUUCGAUGAUUUCGCCGUACAGCUCAACGAUGGAUACCAGAUGCCAGGUAACGACGACUCUGGCAGCGAGGAUGACCCUCAGAUUGUCGCUGCACGCAUACUGUCGGGGGCACUCAGUCCAGGUCAACAGGCUGGGGCCAUUGGCCGCAUGUCUGAGCUCAACAUGGACAAGAUGUACCAUGACCUGAUGCGUUCCCACGGGUUUCGUCCGGUGUCCUCUUCUGCUCCAACCGCCACUCUGCUCGAUGAUGUAGCCGCCGUGCCGUCCAACAUGCCAUCUGGAACUCCAUCUGCCAUCCCUGUUACCGGCCCAACCACCAUUCCAUCCAAGACCCUCAACGAGAACAACUACACCCCCAUCGCUUGGGAGCCUCAGCCGGAUGUAGAUCCUCACGCUCCUCCACCUCCUCAGCCGAUCUAUCCAGCAUACACCGGACAGUUCCAGUCUGGCCCAGCUGCUAGAGCAUACCGGAAGCGCAACCGCAUAGCACCAAAAUCUCUCGCACCAGAUGUCGAGCGUGUCAAGCGUUAUGGACGCAUGUACUGGGUACGCCGCAUCUACGAGUCUAUGAUCGACAUCUCCAACGUCAGUGACAGCGCAAACUCCAUCCACCGAACGCGGUUCAUGGUAGAACGAGCAUUCAAUCCCUUGGAUCUGGAAGCCGCAGCACACCAUGUAUUCGAUGAAGCCUUGGCUGUGCACGAGCGGGGCUGGAUCCGACCCACCAUCUACCACAAAAAGGUGGUACGCGGCAAACUCACAGACGUCAGCGAGAAGUGCUUGGAGAGGCGGCUGGCUCGCAUCUGUCUUUGUCUCCGGCAGAAAAAGGCGACAGUUGAUGACGCUCUCCGUGGAGGUGUGACUCUUGCGCUUCUGUGCGAUAACCCUGAGGCGAGGGGCUUUACUAAGCUUUCCAACAACGCCGGUAACGCAAAGCGUGGAGAGCGACUGAGGGCCGCAAAGGAGGCGGAGGCGGGGGCGGAGGCGGAAGAAUCUGAGGAGGAAGAGUCAUGA